UUUUUUCGUUUGUUGGUUUGGUCAGAAAAACAGAUUAUACUUUUGGCCCCUGACCAUUCACUUCAGUAGAAACAUCUCAUUGCUUUCCAGUGACAGCUGUAUUUUCCUUCACCAUGGCUUGGUUGUUUCAAGAUUCUCCAACUUUCAAAGAACCAUGGAGAGUCAUACCAUGGGGGAAUAGAAAUGAAGAAUUGGAUUAUGUGAGGAAUUUUAAACCUCGUUCAGGAGUUAAACAUCUCAGAGUUCUGCUGCUUGGACCACCAGGCUCUGGAAAGUCCGCCUUCAUCGACUCUGUUGACACCACUCUCCGAAGAAGAGUUUCAGCUCGAGCUUUGGCAGCUACUAACUAUGACCGCAGCUUCACUCAGGAAUACCGAAGUUAUAAAAUCCAGACAGAAACACCUGGAACCUUUUAUCCUCUUCUCUUCUGUGACACCAUGGGUAUUGAGAAGGGCUCUGGGAGAGGAGUUGAUGUGGAAAAUAUCAAACUGAUCCUGAAAGGACACGUCAAAGAAGGAUUCAAGCUCCUUCCUGGCAGUAAACCAACUGGAUCCAACUACAUUGAUACUCCGACCAUCAAUGACAAAGUUCAUGUUCUGGUUUGUGUUGUUCCUGCCACCACAGUCAACCUGAUAGAGGAAGAGCCUGUUAUAAAGAUAAAAGAGGUCAGACAAGAAGCCCGGGAUUUAGGUGAGUGUUCACAGCUGUGAGAAGACUAGGGUUGCCAACUCCCAGAGAUUGAAAUAAGGAACGCCUCUCGCAGGCAGCUGAAAAAAACUGGGUUUUUGGGGGGUCAAAAACGCAUAUCUAACAGCAUUUUGCCACAGUUA